AUGAACACCAGCUCACCUCCCAGCGACCCCUCCAACCCAGGGCAAGCCAAUCCCAGCGCUAAAUCUCCGCGACGCUAUAGCAACUACGAUGCCACACCUGCCUCUGCUUCCUCUUCCUCCUCCGCUGCGCCGCGGGCCGGGAAAACGGGAGGUCGUCAGAUCACGCGGAACCGCGCCAGCUACAGCUGUCAUACCUGUCGGAGACGGAAGGUGAAAUGCGACAAGGUCCAUCCAAUCUGCGGUAACUGCCAAAAGAACGAAACCGAAUGUGUCUACGAUGUCUCCGCGCAAAAAGACCCGGAGGCGUACAAUGCGCAAGCCAAGGACGGACAGGGGGUCAAGCGAAGGAGGGAGUCGUCGCAACAGCUGGACGACGACAUGGAUGAGCUUCAAUCCAUCUACGGCCAUUUGAAGCGGUCCGGCUCGGCGGAGCAGAGGCUCGGGUCGCAAGGGAUCGAAGCGCGGUUGGAUAAGCUCACUUCCAUGAUCGAGCGGCUCAGUAAAACCAACAGUCAGGCAUUGGAUCCGUCAGAGAAGCGGCUGCUGUUGCAAAGCGCGGGCUCGGAAUCAGCUAAGAGAGAGCCUCGCGCUUCCGAUACAGCGCGCUCGGAUAGCCCGCGUCGUGUGGCGGAUUCGAGUGGGGAUGAGUUCCCGAUCCCUGCCGGUCAUGCCACAGACCUGGUCGAUCCGGUGGGGAGUCUGAAUUUGGGUCAUCUGAGUUUGGAGGAUGGAGGUCGAUCGAGAUAUGUGGGAACUACGUACUGGGCUUAUAUUUCUCAUGAGAUCAAUGAGCUCAAUCAACUACUUAGGGUCCAGCACCGCUCGCAUAAUGAGCGGAACUCCCAGGACACUUCUGCUGAAGAUACUACUACGGAAGCUAUGGAAGCGACGCCUAGCCGCCAAUGGAAGCCAGUUCCAGAUGUGUCCGGCGAGCUUGCAAUCGAUCAGGCUUCCCGGGGAGAAAGGUUCCAGAAAUCUGUCUUGUUUCCAUCAGGUGAAUCGCCUUCGGUCAAGGACAAGGUGGUUGAGCCCGAAAUGCUUGAGAACAUGCCAACAAAGCGACAAAGUCACAUCCUGUACAAAGGAUUCAUGUCUGGAGUUCACGCCAUCACUCCGGUGAUCCACCCACCGACCAUACACAAACUCUACUACUCAUUCUGGGACUGGUAUGACUCCAGCAGCUAUUCGGGCGACCCUUGUCCAGACCCGUCGUUCAUCCCGUUGCUUUAUGCCAUCUGGUAUGGUGGAUCCGUCACGAUAUCACUACGAACCAUCAAGGCUGAAUUCAAUGUGUCGUCCCGAUCAACGCUCUCCAAGGCAUACAACGAUGAAGUGACAAGAUGGUUAACCAAAAUCUCUUUCCCUCGAAGUCCGUCUCUGCAAGGCCUGGCUGCAUAUCUCCUGGUUCAGACGAUACUCGCGAAAGAAGAAGAGCCUCUAACAAGCAGUCUGUUCGUCAGUCUCGCCAUGAGGGUAGCUCAAACCAUGGGGUUGCAUCGAGAUCCUGCGAAAUUCGGUAUUGGCCCCUGUGAAGCAGAGUAUCGUCGUCGCAUAUGGUGGCAUAUCGUCCAUAUGGACGGUGUGGUUGCCAUGUCCAGUGGGUUGCCCCCAUUGGUCAGUGACGAGAACUACUGGGAUGUUCGCGACAGUAGCGAGGUGAAAGAUACCUUGCUCGGUACCCCAGAGGCUGAAAAGUAUGACCGGCUAGUCAUGACCGGCCUCAGGCUUCCCGACAACCCGGACGAUCCAACCAUUUGUGGCGGUCCCUCGAUGGUCAACGUGUACUAUCUGGCCGCACGGGGGAAGUAUACGAUGGCCCGUGCUGUUCGACGGAUCUUGAAGAUCCAGCUGGGUACCAGGCCCUUGACACGGCGGGAUAUGGAAGAGCUUAGGUCGAUUCUGGUUGAGCUGCAGCAGAACUUGAACUCCAUCGUCUCCCGUAUACCAGAAGCCGAUUCGGCCGAUGUCUCUUCGGUUCCCUCGACUAGGUCUUGGUCUACCUCCUCGCUUGCUGAAAACCGCAGCAGCGACAUUGAGCUUCCCGGAGAAGGGCCGAACGGCUGUCCUGAGCAAUACCAUUCUCCAGUCCUUGUGUCUUUCCACAAGUGGGCCAGAAUUGUCCUCUCACUCUUCAUUGACAAGGCAUUCUGUGUCGCCUAUCAACCUUUUCUGAAGAACGCAAAGAGCCGGAUCUGGCCAGCUGCGAGACAAAGCGCUCUCCGCCAUUGUCAUGGCUUCAUGGAGAAGUUUGUUUCUCUUGCAACCGACCCUGAUUUCCAGCCAUUCCAAUGGAGCUGGCCCGGCAAUCACCAGCCAAUGCAUGCUACCAUGAUCAUGCUCAUUGAUCUCUACGAACGGCCCUACAGCGCUGAGGCGCCAAAAUCACGGGCCUACAUUGACAAAAUCUUCUCCAUGACAGGGCCGGAUGGAGGAGUAGUAGGGGGUGAAGAUGGCAUCUCGACUCAACGGCCCUUGAACGAUGGUGGUCGCGAGGCCUGGGACAUGAUCCGUAGGCUGCGGCAGCAGGCCUGGCAGCGAGCUGGACUCGAUCCUAGUCGACUAUGGUCCGAACAGGCGCAGAUCCAAGCGGGCGUGGCCUCCAACGUCGAUGACCAUACAUCUGCCCCUGAAGCAGAUGCUGCCUCCCGGCGACAGCCCAGGGACUUCUCCAAGCUAUUCCACAACAGGACUCGAUCUCACAUCCGCCCCAACUCAUCUCUCCGCUACCAACUCCCAUCUAGUACCCAGCAGCAUCACCAACAGCAGCAGCAGCGAAGAUCCCCUUCGCAAUCAGCCAGCCCCCAAAUGAUGUCUCCUGACCCCCACCUCCGCCCCUCCUCCACAUCCCCCUCCUCCCCCGUCGCCCAACAACAACAACAACCAAGCGGCGAACCGUCCCCCUCGUCACCCCUAAUCCAACCCGGAAACCCCUCGACCACAUCCUCCGAGAACACGAACAUGAACACAGCCCCCCUACUCCCGCCAGGCCUAAACCCAGGCUUCACCUUCAACCGACAAUCCCUGCCGUCGGCACCACCUCCGGCGCUGCCCGCCUUCCUCGUCGAUGUCGCCGCCGCCUCGCCCGCCACGCAGGCCAUGACCGGGGUCCCCACCCCGCCCUCCAUGGUGGAUCCGAACCUAAACUUCGACUGGGACCAGUGGGACGCCGUCUUCGGGCAGCAUCUGCCCGUCGCCGACGAGCUCAUGGAGCUCGACCCGGUCACCGGGCUGGAGUUUGGGGAUUUGGGUGUGGAGGGCAGUAGUCCUGGUGCGGGUGCGGGCGGAGAGAUGUCCUCGCAUCGGUCUCAUUGGGCGGGUUAUUGA